AUUGAAUCGCGCCCAUCCAGUGAAAUCAAAAGUCAGGAGCGAGGAGAUUCGAAAAUACAUUUGAUAGGUGAUCAAUAUAUCGAGAAGUGACUGAUCCAAUUUGGCUAGCGGUCGCACAAGAAGUUGAAAACGGCGUUCUCACUAGUGACUUUGUGCGGAUGUGACCGGACUCCUUCAGUUAGGUGGAUCCAUCGAAACGAAUGUGGUCAACAUCAAAUGUCGAAGACUCGUAGAGCUAUCGAUUUUGCGGGUUUAUUUACAAGUCUGUUCGUACAGUCUCGACACGAAGAUAUUGGAUAUUGGAAUCUCGGACCACUUUUUCAAACAGUUACGACAAGAAGUCGUACCAUUUUUACCGUAUUAUGUCGACUGGGCUUGCCCUUGGUUUCGCUGUCGAGGGUGCACCCUGGCACUUGGUUUCUCAUUUAUUCCCAGAUAAAGUUGGUGGGCGACCAGCUUGGCUAGCUCUUCAACACUUACCAUCUCCUAGUGAACUAAAGUGUCCAGUAUGUUUGAAUCCAAUGUGUUUCCUCUUACAGAUAUACUCCCCUCUAUCUGAAAAACCUGACUGUUUUCAUCGGAUGUUAUUUUUAUUUAUGUGCCGAAAUAGUGAAUGUCAUUAUAAGCCUGAUCAUGUACCAUUCUAUGUGUUUCGAUCGCAGUUAUCAAGACAAAAUUGCUAUUACAGCUUCGAGCCCCCUGAGAACGAAUUUCCCAGUCGCGAAAUGUUAAACUCGAUGAUAAAGGCUAACUCUAUUCCAUGGGCUGGCAAAUAUUCAUCUAUCUGCCCAAUAUGUGGAUGUAAAGCAGACAAAACUUGUUCAAAGUGUAAAAUCACUUCUUAUUGUUCUAAAAUGCACCAGGUUCUAGACUGGAAACGACACAAGUUAGAAUGUGGUUCGAAAUGUCACGAUUUCAUGUUAUUAUUCGAACAAAAUAGUUUCUUACUUCCUGAGUACCGUUUAUGUUCUGAACCUGCAGACAACUUUUCUUCAAAUGAUGAAAGUACUUCAGAAGAGGUGGAAACUGACACUGAAACUGUAGACCUGGGACUUCCAAAUGAUUCUGAAGUUAAAGCGCUUGAAUUUAUAGCCAAGAAAGAGACUAAAGAAGAAGCCAGAUUUAGAAUGUUUAGAGAAGCAAUGAAAUCGGCUCCUGACCAAGUCGUACGAUUUCAUAGAGGUGGUAAACCCAUUUGGCUGAGUGACGAUCCUGUAGAAGUUGAAAAAUGUGAAGUUUGCGGUUCUGAACGUGUUUUCGAAUUUCAGGUUACUCCUCAAAUAUUGUAUCACUUAAAAUUGGAUAAUGUUGGUGAAUUAAAUCCAGAUUUCGGUUCGCUUUACGUUUUUACUUGUUCUAAUUCAUGUGAACUUCCUAGAAGAAAAAAAUGUACAGAAGUAUCACCUUCUAAAUGUGAUAAUGCGUUUAUUGAAUAUCAACGUGAAAUUGUCAUUCGUCAAAUGGUUCCAUAAUUGAUUAACAAUUAUUUUUAUGUGAAGGCAACAUUGUUAAAAUAUAGAAUUACAAAGAGAUCAUUCCGUGCGGUGGAUUGGUGGUCAAGCGAUUUGACUUUCAAGCAUUAUUGUAAUGUGAAAAUCUAUU